AUGGAUUCAGAAAGUGUCCAUUCGCAGUCGGCAUCAUGGUUUCCUCCAGUGGGCUAUGUGCUAGGUCUUGCGGGUAUCUGGCUCGCAUACAAGAUUCUCGAGGCCAUCUACAACGUCUCGCCAUUCCAUCCGUUGAGCGGAAUCCCUGGGCCAAAACUAGCGGCAGCGACGUACCUGCCUGAAUUCUACCACGAUGUCAUUAGGUUCGGCUGCUAUACAAAGGAGAUCGCGCGCAUGCACAAGGUGUACGGACCCAUUAUCCGCAUCAACCCCAACGAGGUCCACUGCGACGACAUCAGCUUCGCCGACGAAAUCUACGCCGUCGGUGGCCGGAAGCGCGACAAGCCUGUACACCAGAUCAAUGGUCUUGGAGAAUCCGGUUUUGGAACCGUAGACCACAAUAUCCACCGCCUCCGCCGUAUCCCCCUAGCAAAGUUCUUCUCCCGCACAAUGAUAACGCGACUCGAACCCGAUCUUCAUUCUGACGUCCAGAAGCUCUGUGAUAAGCUUCUCCGACAAUCGGGUGAUAACAAGCCAUUCGACGUCACCAUGGCAUACAGCUGCUUUACCGCCGACGCCAUAUCCAAAUACAGCUUCGGUGAGAGCUUUGGGUUCCUCGACCAACCAGGCUGGUUCCCCAAUUUCAGAGAACCAACUGCCUCGAUCUUGCGUCCUGUCUUCGUGUUCCGCUUUUUCCCUUGGACGAAAUCUACUACAAAGUUGGCAGCAACUUUCGUCGAUUACUUGCCCAAGGAUAUUGCACUCAUGGUCAAGACAUUGCAGAUUGAUCUGCCAGCCAGAGUACGCAAGACCAAGGAGGACAUGGAUGCCGGAAUUACGUAUGAUCGACCGACUAUCUUCGCGAGUCUUUUGCAAUCCGAUCUCGAGAUUCUGGACAAGGAACCCCAGCGUUUGUCCGAAGAAGCGCAGGCUGUUCUGGGUGCUGGAACGGAAACUACAAGUUGGGCGUUGGCGGUCAUGACUUAUCAUCUACUAACAAAGCCGGAGAUUCUUGCUAAGCUCACCGCAGAGCUGAAAACUGUUGUGGAUGACCCGAGACAUCUAUCAUGGCCUGUAUUGGAAACGCUGCCUUAUCUUGGAGCCGUCAUUCAGGAGGGCUUGAGACUGUCCUAUGGCGUUUCUAGCCGUACUGCGCGUGUGCCCACUGAAGAAAACCUACUCUACCGUGGAGAAUGGAACAAGAAGACCAUCCAAUAUGUACUUCCCAAAGGCUAUGCCAUCGGCAUGUCAGCUUACGUCACACACCAUAACGAACGCGCUUUUCCCGAUUCCUACGCCUUUGCUCCUGAGCGAUGGCUAAAUGAGAACAACAACAGGAGAAAAGAAGCUGAGCGUAGCAUGUUGACAUUUUCGAAGGGAAGUCGAUCUUGUUUGGGAAUGAAUUUGGCUCUAUGUGAGCUUAAUUUGUGUCUGGCUGCGUUGGUGCUGCGUGUUCUACCGCAGAUGCGGUUGUCAGAUACUACUGAGGAGGACGUAACAUACGAUCACGACAUGUUCGUGCCCAUGACGAAGGCGAAUAGAGGAGGUGGAACAGGAGCAUAUCCCUUGCGAGUAUCUGCUCAUUCCAGGUGCCAGGUAUUCUACACUGUGGCUAUCUCUUUGACAAUAAGAGCCCUCCUGGUGGGUAUUGGAAGACGCGACAAGCAUCUCGAUGCAUGGCACUCAAGCGAGGCGAUAAAGUACUACAUCAUCUGGAUCCUCAUGUAUGUGACCGCGCUCGCGACAGUCAAGUCCUCGAUCUGCACGACGAUUUUCUACGUCACGGCGACACAGCCCAGGCUGCGCACCGCCAUAUAUGCGCUACUAGCUACGACAUGGGCGUCCUUCUUUAUAACCUUCGUCGGCGUCCUGCUAUACUGUCGUCCAGUCAGUGCGACAUGGACUCGGCAAGGAGAAUGCGCACCGAUAUCUACUUUUGUCAUUCUCGGCCAUGUUGCUACUGUUUCGACAAUCGUAACGGAUUUUGGACUUGUGGUUGUGCCAGCCAUCAUCCUGUGGGAUACGCAUAUGAAAAGGAAACGGAAGUUGCAGGCUCUAGGAUUGCUAUCGUUUGCCUCCGUGUAA